UGAGAAAGAAAGUCACUCGAUCAAUCGAACAGGCGAGGAAUUUUCCAACUCAGACCAAGAUUUGUUUUCAAUUUACAACUUUUUUCAACACCGUGAUCCUGAUUAAGUUGGCUAAAAAUGUCUUAUGUAUUGCGAUUAUCACGUUUUAAUCAACUAUUGAAUGUAAAUCGAGUCCAAAAAUGUAUUGCAAUGAUUCAAGCACAGUCUUACCAUAAUCGUGAAUUGAUUGGUAAACGUGAAGUUGUCGGUUUUGGAUUCAAUGGAUCAUAUACUUAUUUUGAUACCACGGAUAUGCCAUACCCGGCUAUUCGAUUCCGUGAAGAAAGUGAUGAAAUCAAACGACUUCGUGAGAAAGAAAAGAAUGAUUGGAAACAAUUGACUUUGGAAGAGAAAAAGAAACUUUACCGUCACAAUUUCUGUCUCACAUUGUCCGAAGUUGAGGCACCGACUGGCGAAUGGAAGAUACAAUUGGCAGUCGUAUUAUUUACUGUAUCUCUUGCACUUUAUUAUUUUGCAUUCGCUCGUAAAAACUUUUAUGGACCUUUGCCCGAAACGAUGACACCGGAGGGAAAACAACGUACCCGUGAUUUGGAAAUCCUAUACAAAACCAAUCCCAUUUUUGGUUUAGCAUCCAAAUUCGAUUAUGAAAAAGGUGAUUGGAAAUGAAAAUUGAAACUAAACGAAUUUGGAUAGAAUCUAUCAAAAUUACAGUAGCAACCAGAAACAACAUUAUAAUUAUUUUUCAUUUUUGUUUUAAAUAUUGAUUACAAUAAAAUAAUUAUUAACAAUAA